AUAUAGACAGCAAGUUUACUGAAGGAGGACCUAUCGGAAGGAGGCCGGCAGUUCCCUACCGGACACAAAUUCGGUGACACCGCAGCGUCCCACAGCAAAAUAAAUCCGCAAAAAAAAAAAAAAGUAGUCCGGAUCCAGUGGAGGACUACAGCUCCCUCUGGUCAGACCCGAUCCCCGUUAGACCAGGUAACAUGCAGGCGGAGUUUCGGGCUCCGCGGAGACGCACGCGGGUCCACGAGGAGUACGUGGCUCCGCUGCCGGUGAUCCGCAGUCCGGGGGAGACGAGCAACUUCCGGGCGGAGCUCAUCAACCAACACGUGCUGGUCUGUCAUCCGGACCACAUCCAGAAGAUCUAUAACCAGGGUUACUUUGGUAAAGGCGUCCUGUCCAGAGCCAGACCGGACCACAGCAUUUCUGACCAAUGGGAACAACACGAAGGUUUGUUUCUACCUGUCAUCUCACAGUCCAGAUACGAAGAGCUCCUCAGGUGGGCAGGUUCCGCGCUCUCUGCUCAGGGUUUGGAUGAAGACGCUGUCAAUCAAACCGUGCUCAGCCUCUCUCAGCCAGUAGAGAUGGAGGAUGUGAGGAGGGAGGCGAGUGGAGGGGAGGAGCCAGGACCAAAUGGGGGGGCCUGUCCCCACACAAAGAGGCCUCGGUCGGGGUCAGGGGUCGAGCCGGAGGCCAAGAGAAGCUGCAGGUUGGGCGAGCAAAACCAGGACUCUGAUCCCGGCUCAGAUCAGGACUUUGACCUAGACCCUGACCUCAACUCUGACUCUGACUCUGGUCCUGACCCGGAUCCUUUGGUUCCGGGUCCUGGUUUUGUCCUAGUGGUCUCAGACAGUGAGGUGUGUGGGGGGGUCAGGGAGGUCCGGCGGACUCCUUUCUCUCUCACAGAGUACCUGCAACUCAGUCUGGAGGAGGCAUUCUUCCUGGUCUACAGUCUGGGCUGUCUGUCUGUCUACCUGAACCAGACGCCUCUGUCAAUCAUCCAGCUGUGGCGAAAGUUCCGCUCCCUGCGGCCCGACUUUGUGAGCUCGUUCACAGCCUAUCAGCACUGUCGAAGCAGGGGGUGGGUCCCUAAAGUUGGGGGCGGGGCCAAGUACGGCGUGGACCUCGUGUUGUAUAGGAAAGGACCACCUUUCUACCACGCCAGUUAUUCGGUUGUAGUUGAGCGGGUUGACGAUGCCUUCAGGGGCUCGUCAUUGCGUCCGUUUUCGUGGCGUUCUCUGGCGGCUCUCAGCAGGAUCACCUCCAACGUCUCAAAGGAGCUGAUGUUGUGUUACGUCAUCUAUCCAGCCGACCUAUCAGACGCUGAGCUGGACUCACCUGUCUGUCUGAGCAGACUGAAGGUUCAGGAAGUGAUUGUCAGCAGGUGGGUUUCCUCCAGAGAGCGAGUGGAGCAGGACGACAUCUGAUUGGCUGACGGGAGACUUAAGAAACUGAUGAUGUCACCGUGUGAUGUCCCAAAAGAGACUUGACGAGCCAAAAGAGGAUGAGAUUUUUUUUUUUGUUGUUGUCAUUGAAGAGUCAGAAACACGAAGAAGACAACAUCAGAAGUUUUGAGUGUCCCUGAACGCACCAUGAGUCCUCACAAGGAGUUAAAGUCCAGCGGCGGUGUGUGUGGGGCUGCUGCAUGUUGUGUUACUUUCUUUGAUUUCUAUUUCAAUGUGCUCUAUUGGAAUG